CCCCCCAUUGCUGCCAAGAAAUUGCGGCUUACUGGCCGCCUUGACCAACUCUCGCACAUCGCCUCAACUUACUGCGCAACCAACCCAAACGCCGACCUCACCGCCGCUGCCACAACUCAUAUACAUCGCGCACUCCAACCGUACUCACCUUCAUACCACCAUCACCACAUCCACGCCGACAGGGUAGCCACCGCCAUCAUGAACCCUGAAUACGAUUACCUCUUCAAGCUUCUCCUCAUCGGUGACUCUGGUGUUGGAAAGUCGUGCUUGUUGCUCCGUUUCGCCGAUGACACAUACACCGAGAGCUAUAUCUCUACUAUCGGUGUCGACUUCAAAAUCCGAACCAUUGAGUUGGACGGAAAGACUGUGAAGCUACAAAUCUGGGACACCGCCGGCCAAGAGCGUUUCCGUACCAUCACUUCCUCGUACUACCGUGGUGCCCACGGCAUCUGCGUUGUCUACGAUGUCACCGACAUGGACUCGUUCAACAACGUCAAGCAGUGGCUGCAGGAGAUCGACCGUUAUGCCACCGAGGGUGUGAACAAGCUUCUUGUCGGAAACAAGUCCGAUAUGGCGGACAAGAAGGUCGUCGAGUACACCGUUGCCAAGGAAUUCGCGGACAGCCUCGGCAUUCCCUUCCUCGAGACUUCGGCAAAGAGCGCUACCAACGUCGAGCAGGCUUUCUUGACCAUGGCUCGCCAAAUCAAGGAGCGCAUGGGUACCACAACUGCGAACAACAAGCCCACAGUGCCCAUCGGCCCUGGCCAGGGUGUCAACAACGGUUCCGGUGGCGGCUGCUGCUAGAAGAUGUGC